GCCGAGGCCACGAAGCCGGCGGAUCCCGGGCUGCGGGUGGCGGGCACCCAGCCCCGGGGGUCAAGCGGGACAGCCGGGGCGGAGAACGGGGACCGCAGCCAAGCCUCCAGGGCGUGUCCCCAGCAGGAGGCCAGGAGGAGGGUCCCCACGGUGAUCCCAGAACGCAGCCAAGGAAGAGGACUGCGGAGCCAUGAGCGCCGUGGCCAUGUGGGCGCCCAACGCAACCUGGAGGGUGCUGGCCAACGCCUCGGGCGGCGGGGCCCCGCAGCUACCGCCGGUGGACGCCUGGCUCGUGCCACUGUUCUUUGCCGCACUGAUGCUGCUCGGCCUGGCUGGGAACUCUCUGGUCAUUUUCGUCAUCUGCCGCCACAAGCAGAUGAGGACGGUGACCAACUUUUACAUAGCCAACUUGGCGGCCACCGACGUGACCUUCCUGUUGUGUUGCGUGCCCUUCACGGCCUUGCUCUACCCGCUGCCCGCCUGGGUGCUCGGCGACUUCAUGUGCAAGUUCGUCAAUUACAUGCAGCAGGUCUCCGUGCAGGCCACGUGCGCCACCCUGACUGCCAUGAGCGUGGACCGCUGGUACGUGACCGUGUUCCCCCUGCGCGCCCUGCACCGCCGCACGCCCCGCCUGGCUCUGGCGGUCAGUCUCGGCAUCUGGGUGGGCUCUGCGGCCGUGUCGGCGCCUGUCCUCGCUCUGCACCGCCUCUCGCCAGGGCCCCGCACCUACUGCAACGAGGUGUUCCCCAGCCGCGCCCUUGAGCGCGCGUUCGCGCUCUACAACCUGCUGGCGCUCUACCUGCUGCCCCUGGCCGCCACCUGCGCCUGCUACGGGGCCAUGCUGCGCCACCUGGGCCGCCCUGCCGCCACCGACAGCUCCCUGCAGGGGCAGCUGCUGGCAGAGCGAGCGGGCGCUGUCCGGGCCAAGGUCUCUCGGCUGGUGGCCGCCGUGGUCCUGCUCUUUGCCGCCUGCUGGGGCCCUAUCCAGCUGUUCUUGGUGCUGCAGGCGGUGGGCCCGGCGGGCGCCUGGCACCCGCGCAGCUACGCAGCCUACGCGCUCAAGACCUGGGCGCACUGCAUGUCCUACAGCAACUCCGCGCUGAAUCCCCUGCUGUACGCCUUCCUGGGCUCCCACUUCCGGCAGGCCUUCCGCAGGGUCUGUCCCUGCGCUCCCCGGCGGCCCCCGCAGCACCCGGGGUCUGGACCCUCGCACCCCGCCGCCCCCCACACGGAGUCGCACCGCCCGGCCGCCCACCCGGACACCGCCAGGACCCGGACACCAGGGAGCCUUGCAUGUGGCCCGGGAGCCCGCAGGCUGUGUGUCCUGAGGGAACACGCUGCCCCCUCUGGGCCCACUCGGGUUUAGAACGGGCCCUCA